CUGUUGCCAGUACACUUCCCCUUGCUGCUAAACUUAGAAGUACAACUUCUGAAGAUCGUUAGGAGUCUCUACUGUAGCUAAAGAGGCUUAAGGGAAUUCUUUUUCUGUCUUACAGUCUCCAUUCAGUUGCCUUUGAUCUAAAGCCUGGAAACCUGGCAGUAAAUGAAGACUGUGAAUUGAAGAUUCUGGAUUUUGGAUUGGCGAGGCACACAGACAGUGAGAUGACUGGUUAUGUGGUUACAAGGUGGUACAGAGCCCCAGAGGUCAUACUCAACUGGAUGCAUUAUACGCAAACAGUUGACAUCUGGUCUGUGGGCUGUAUAAUGGCUGAGAUGAUAACAGGGAGGCCUCUGUUCAAAGGAAAUGAUCAUCUGGACCAGCUCACAGAAAUAAUGAAAAUAACGGGUACACCAACUCAAGAUUUUGUUCAAAAGCUGCACAGUCAAGACGCAAAAAACUAUAUCAAAAGCCUCCCAAAAGUCCAGAAGAAAGAUUUUUCAUCCAUCUUGAAGUAUGCGAAUCCCUUGGCUGUAAACCUUUUGGAGAAGAUGCUGGUGCUGGAUGCAGAGAAGCGAAUCACAGCAGCUGAGGCUUUGAUGCAUCCUUACUUUGAGCCAGUUCACGAUCCUGAGGAAGAAAUUGAAGCUGAGAAAUAUGACGACACGUUUGAUAACGUGGAUCUUCCACUAGAUGAGUGGAAGCGCAUUACAUAUAAAGAGAUACUGAACUUCAAGCCACCACAGACUUUGGAGUCAAAGGAGACAGCAGUGUAA